AGAAAGAGAAAGAGAGGAAGAAGAAAGAAAAGCAGAAUGAUUGGCAGAGAUAGUAGUGUUAUGAAGGCAUGGGAGGCCACGGUGAGAAAAACACAGGCAGUGGCAAAGAAGCGUGCAAACAGCAUAUUUGGGUCAACUUACAUGGCCCAUGCAGACGACGAAGAUCACGGAAACAAGGAGGGUACAAAUGGAAGAGAGGCACAUGAGCUGUAUCAUGCAGAGAAGGUUCUGUCGAAUGGGGAUUACUACAAGGGAGAUUGGGCAGAUAAUUUUCCACACGGGAAGGGAAAAUACGUGUGGAGUGAUGGGUGCGUGUACGUGGGAGACUGGUUCAGAGGGAAAACGAAUGGAAAGGGAAGGUUCAGUUGGCCAAACGGGCCAAAUUACGAAGGGGAGUUCAAGAGUGGAUACAUGGAUGGAACAGGCACAUAUACAGCAUCAAAUGGAGACGUUUACAAGGGGCAGUGGGUGAUGAAUUUGAAACAUGGAAACGGUGUGAAGAACUUUGUGAAUGGAGACAAGUAUGAAGGAGAAUGGAGGAGGGGGAUGCAGGAAGGGCAAGGAAGGUAUGAAUGGGGGGAUGGAAACUAUUACAUGGGAGAGUGGAAGAAUGGGAACAUAUGUGGAAAAGGGUCUUUUUUUUGGGGUGAUGGGAAUAGGUAUGAUGGUUAUUGGGAAGAUGGGUUGCCAAAGGGGAAUGGAAGAUACAUAUGGAGUGAUGGAAGUUUCUAUGUGGGAAAUUGGAGCAAGGAUCCAAGAGAUAGGAGUGGAGCAUAUUAUCCAGCAGGGUCAUCAGAAGAGGGUACCCUAGAGUGGGAUCCUGAAGAAGUGUUUGAUGCAUUGGGGAAGUAUGAGAUAUGUGAAGGGGAGAAGGUUUCAGUGUUGCCAUCACAGAAGAGGCUUGCUGUGUGGAGGUCUUCAAAGGGAGGAGAUUGUGGUAAGCCAAGGAGAAUGUCCAUAGAUGGGAGGGUGAGUGUGGGAGUGGAGAAGCCAAGUGAUAGAAUGCAGUUGUGGGGUUGUGCAGAAGGUGAUUUCAGUGGGACUAAGACUCCACCUGCUACUGGUGUUGGUUUGGAUGAUGAACUCAUGGCUAUGCAGUUGGAUGGUGCUAUUUCAAGGGGGACUAGUCAACUUCAAACCCUAAAAGCACCCACCAAAUCAAAGAGGCAGGGGGAAGUCAUAUGCAAAGGACAUAAGAAUUAUGAGCUUAUGCUCAAUUUGCAGCUCGGAAUCAGGCAUUCUGUUGGAAGACCAGCUCCCUCUGCAUCACUCGAUCUAAAGCCUUCAGCUUUUGAUCCCAAGGAGAAAGUGUGGACAAGAUUUCCCCCAGAAGGUUCUAAAUACACUCCACCACACCCAACAUCUGAGUUCAAAUGGAAAGAUUAUUGCCCAGUAGUCUUUAGAACUCUUAGGAAGCUAUUCAAGGUGGAUGCAGCUGAUUACAUGAUAUCUAUAUGUGGAAAUGAGGCUCUUCGUGAACUUUCCUCUCCUGGUAAAAGUGGUAGCUUCUUUUACCUCACCAAUGAUGACCGUUACAUGAUAAAGACAAUGAAGAAAGCUGAGGCAAAAGCCCUUUUAAGAAUGCUUCCAGCUUAUUACAAUCAUUUUCGAGCAUUUGAUAAUGCUCUUGUCACAAAAUUUUAUGGUCUGCAUUGUGUUAAGUUAACAGGAACAGCUCAGAAGAAGGUUCGAUUUAUAAUAAUGGGCAAUCUUUUCUGCUCUGAGUAUACCAUCCAUAGACGCUUUGAUUUAAAGGGUUCAUCACUUGGGCGAAUAACAAUUAAGCCUGAGUCUGAGAUUAGUGAAACAACUAUCCUCAAAGAUCUUGAUCUAAAUUUCAUAUUUCGACUACAAAAAUCUUGGUUUCAAGAAUUUUGCAGGCAAAUUGAUAGGGACUGUGAGCUUCUGGAACAGGAGGGAAUCAUGGACUACAGUCUUCUGGUUGGUAUUCAUUUCAAAGAUAUAUCAGAAAAUGGGGAAAUUAUUUCUUCAGAAUCUCACACUCCUGCUGAUUCAGAGUGUGAAGGAACUCCAUGUACUUCUAGAGCAGACAUGGAUCUACUUCUUCUAGAUCCUACCAGAUGGGCAAGUAUCAAAUUGGGUGUGAACAUGCCAGCAAGGGUAGAAAGAACAGUGCGAAGAAAUGAUUGUGAAUUACAACUUGUAGGAGAUCCUAUAGGAGAGUUCUAUGAAGUGGUUUUGUUUUUUGGUAUCAUAGACAUACUUCAAGAUUAUGAUAUUAGCAAGAAGCUUGAGCAUGCCUACAAGUCCAUUCACUAUGAUCCAACUUCAAUAUCAGCCGUUGAUCCCAGACAAUAUUCAAGGCGUUUUCGUGAUUUCAUAUUCAGAGUAUUUUCUGAAGACUCUUGA